AUGACCGCGAUACUCGCCCACAUAAGAUCAGCCUCAGCAUUGCCUGUGCCAGACCCGAUAUUACCAAAAAUCACGAUCAGGCACGACUUCCCACCACAAGCGCCCAGUGAGACUGGCACGACGGCCGGCGUACAAGUCGCAAGACACACAGGCACGCACGGCAAACGACACCAUCGUUCGCUAUCAAACGAUAUCAAGAUAGCACUGACCUCAAAUCCUCCUAUGCCAAUGCCAUCGCAAUACAUUCAACCCCAACAGUUCCACAGAAGAGGACAAGAGCGCCGUCUCCGGCCGAGAUUUUACCCUCUCGACACAGGUAAUAGCACGAACGCCAACAGCCAACAAACAACCCAAGUUCUAUCCCCGUCUCCUGUGGUGUCGAAUUCGACUGGCGGCCUCGACUUAAGCGCUCCAAGUUCGCAAAGCUCGUCUCUCAAUGACUCUAGUGGUAUGCAGACUUCCACAUUUAUCGCGACUGCCACCGCCCUGUCAAGCGCAGCACUCGCCUCCGACGUUGUCACAGACACAUCACCGCCCCUCCUACCGGCAGACUCGACACCGGCGACUACGUGGAUACGGACCCUUCCUCCGACCACAGCACUAUCCACACUCGCUCCUCCUGUGCCUGAUCCUCAACCGAAUCUGGUCACGCGAACAUGGUUCUCCGGGUUAACGCCAACACCAACGGCGAGUCAGGACGCCUCUGGACCUUGGGGACCCGACUACAGCCAAGGUGGGAAUGCCAAUUGCCCUUUCCAGUCCGGCAUAAACCCGACACCGGAUGCGGGCACGACACCCGAUCCGAGCUUCCCAGUCAUCGUGACGGUCUUCCCUAUCUCGACGAGUUCUUCUGCCGUGGUGUGA